AUGGCGGCCCCGACAACGCUGCCGGCUUUGCUGGCCUCCCUGACACAGUCGCUGUCUCUCACCGAAGAGGCCGCGCCCAAGAUUGCAGCCAUCGAGAGCCCCAAAGACGGCAUUUCACUCCUCGACGUCAAGAACGAGCUGCUGCUCUCGUACCUACAAAACCUCGUCUUCCUCAUCCUCCUCAAGCUGCGAAACUCCAGGUCGACCUCCGACGAUGCGGAUCAAGGCGGCGAUGGGCUUGACGAAUCUGUCCGCGCAAAGCUCGUGGAGCUGCGACUCUAUCUCGAAAGGGGGGCCCGGCCGUUAGAGGAGAAGCUCAGGUUUUCCAUCGAGCGGUUCCUCAGGACCGCAGAAGAUGCGCAGCGCCAAACACAAAACAUACGGCAGAGGCGGAAAGCGAAUGGCAGCAAGGACUCUGGCAGCGACGACGAGGACGCCUCUUCGGACCAAGGAGACGAGGACGAGGAUGAGGACUUGUCUGGCCAGGGAAGACCCGUGCAGCACCGUCCGGGACAGACAGCUGCCGCACCCAGACUCGGCACUCUGAUGGACGACGUCACGGCCAAGCGCGCCGACCACGAAGAUGGGCCGUCUGGCAUCUACCGCCCUCCCAAGAGAGAUCGCCAUGCCAUGGAGACGACGCGGCCGCGCGAAAAGGCCGACCGCAGACCCCACAAGUCUCACACCAUGGAGGAGUUUGUGCAGUCUGAGUUCGCCACGGCGCCCGUCGCCGAGCCCAGCAUCGGCACGACGAUUGUCCAGGGCGGGCGCAAGACGAAGACGGUCCAGGAGCGCAAGGACGAGGCUGAGCGCCGCGACUACGAAGAAAUGAACCUUGUCCGCCUGCCCAAGCUGAGCAAGAAGGAGCGGGCCAAAAAGAACAAGGAGGCCGGGCGCAGCGGACACAUGCAGUUUGGCGGCGAGGAGUGGAGGGACCUGGGCGAGGGCGUCGAUCGCAUCGACCGGCUGACCAAGCGCAAGGGGCCCGCUGGCGGCGGUGUGCGCGCUUUGCUGGAGAAGAGCAGGAAACGCGGCUUCGACACCACCGAUGGGCCCCGGAGCAGCGGCCAUGGAGCCGAGAUUGGGGACAGGUUCCAGAAGAAAGUCAAGAUGCUGGAAGCCGGUCGACGAGACAGGGGAAAGAAGAGGUAG